GUUAUUCGUAAUCGCCGUCGUCGGUAUAUUUUCUUGUUGUUACAUCAUUAUCAAACUAGUGCAAAAUAGAUUAGUAAUUUCAUAAAUUAUUAGGAACUAUUUCCAAAUUAAACAAACUAACAUCAUUUCUCAUAAUUUUUAAUAUCCAGAUCCGAUAUUUAAAAGCAACAAGUUUUAUGAAAUAUAUGCUUACUUGGAUUAGUAAAAAUGACAGAAAUUGACCAGUUCAGUCGCUGAUUAUUUUCAUAAGCGCAAAUAAUUUAUUUUUUAAUCAAAAAGUUUUAAUUUGCUAUAAUUUACCGUUACCGUUAUAAUUUUCUUUCGAAUAUUUUGUUGAAUUUUGUUUGCAUCUCUGAUGCUGAAGUUUAAAUGAUAUUUACACAAACUAAAUUGCAAACAACCUAAUUAAUUGUUAACUUUAAAUAAAAAAUAAUGGCGGCAUAUUUGAAUCGCACACUUUCAAUGGUAAUCGGACACGACGGCAAUACGGCUUCAUCGAUCGACACAAAUGCUCGUUCCUUGCAAAAUGCUGCCGCUCUUGACAAAUCUCCUCUUCAGAUAUUCGUGAAGGCUAAAAAGAAAAUCAAUGAUAUCUACGGUGAAAUCGAGGAAUAUGUUAUUGAAACCACCCAAUUUAUUGAUAUUCUUCCAGAAGAUGUUGACGUUGUUGAUAAAUCAGAAAGAGAACUUUUCCAUAGCUACGUACACAAAAUUACAGCAAUUAGAGAAGUUUUGUGUAGAGAUCACAUGAAAGUAGCUUUCUUUGGAAGAACCUCAAACGGGAAAAGUUCGGUCAUAAAUGCUAUGCUUAGAGAAAAAAUAUUACCCAGUGGAAUUGGGCAUACAACAAAUUGUUUCUGUCAGGUCGAGGGCAGUGAUGAUCAAGAAGCAUAUUUAGUUAAAGAAGGGAGCGAUGAAAAACUCAAUGUUGUGAACAUCAAACAACUAGCAAACGCUUUGUGCCAGGAAAAACUCAGUGAGAGUUCAUUAGUACGGAUAUUUUGGCCUCGUGAGAGGUGCAGCCUCUUACGCGACGAUGUUGUUUUCAUGGAUUCACCGGGAGUUGAUGUGUCACCAAAUUUAGACGAUUGGAUUGACAAUCACUGCUUGAAUGCAGAUGUUUUCGUUUUAGUUUUAAAUGCUGAGUCAACAAUGACACUUGCUGAAAAAUCUUUCUUCCACACAGUUUCGCAGAAACUAUCUAAGCCGAAUGUUUUUGUUUUGAACAACCGCUGGGAUGCAUCAGCUAACGAACCAGAAUGUCAAGAAUCGGAUCUAGAAAAGGUCAAAUCUCAACAUACUGAAAGGUGCAUUGACUUUUUGACCAAAGAAUUAAAAGUGUGCACUGAAAAGGAGGCAGCUGAACGCGUCUUUUUUGUUUCAGCUAGAGAAACACUUCAGGCCCGUCUUGAAGAAGCGAAAGGCAAUCCAGCUCAUAUGGGUGCUAUUGCUGAAGGUUUCCAAAAUCGGUAUUUUGAGUUUCAAGAUUUCGAGCGUAAAUUUGAAGAGUGUAUAUCAAAAAGUGCAGUAAAGACAAAAUUCGAACAACACAGUUCACGUGGGAAAAAUGUUUCCAGUGAAAUGCGCCAGAUGCUAGAUAACAUAUACGAUCGAGCUAAUUCAUUCAGGAACCAAAAAAUCGACCAAAAAAAAAUGAUAACAGACCGAAUUCAAGGAACGGAAACUCAAAUGAUGCAAGUGACCAGAGAGAUGAAGUUGAAAAUUCAUAAAAUGGUUGAAGAAGUUGAACAAAAAGUUUCAAAAGCACUCAAUGAAGAAAUUUGGCGUCUCGGUGUUCUUAUCGAUGAGUUCAACAUGCCAUUCCAUACCGAGCCAUUGGUUUUGAAUAUAUAUAAAAAGGAAUUGAAUGGACACGUUGAAGCUGGUCUUGGAUCGAAUUUACGUGCAAGAUUGUCAAUGGCCUUAGCUAUGAAUGUUGAAACUGCUCAACGUGAAAUGACAGAUCGGAUGCACGCACUUGUUCCCAGUGAAAAGCUUGUUAUUCAAACAAAAGUAGUAACACGAUCUCAACCCUUCGAAAUGCUUUACUCACUUAAUUGUCAAAAUCUUUGCGCCGAUUUCCAAGAAGAUCUUGAAUUCAAGUUUUCAUGGGGAAUAACUGCAAUGAUACAAAGAUUUACAGGCAAAACCAAAGGACACAACAAAAAAGUUCCUGCUAUAACCUCAAAUAGACACAAUAGUAAUAUGCUAUCACCUGUAACACCGACUUCUGAAACACCAUUAUGUCUUAUGCCAACAAAUGCUGGUGGUAUAACACAAGAACAAUUGUCAAUGAUUUCCCGUUUUGCGGUAGCUUCUAUCGGUUCACAAGGAACAGUUGGCGGACUGGUUGUAGCAGGAAUUAUGCUGAAAACAAUAGGAUGGCGAGUUCUUGUCGGCGUUGGUGCCCUUUAUGGUUGCAUAUACCUUUAUGAACGUUUGUCGUGGACGAGUUCUGCCAAGGAGCGUGCAUUCAAAAGUCAAUAUGUGCGCCACGCAACCAAAAAACUAAAAAUGAUUGUAGAUUUGACAUCCGCCAACUGUAGUCAUCAAGUGCAGCAAGAGCUUUCAAGCACGUUUGCGCGUUUGUGUCGCGUUGUUGAUAACGCCACCACUGAUAUGAAUGAAGAACUCAAGGGAAUCGAGACCUCUCUUGCCAUUCUUGAGGCUAACCAAAAGCAAAUAAAGUUGCUGCGCAACAAGGCAAAUUAUAUUCAAAACGAAUUGGAGAUUUUCGAGAACAAUUAUAUUAAGUCGAAUUGAUUAUCGGCCAAAAAGAAUGACGAAUCCUAUAAUCGUUUUAAAAUCACCCAGCGAAACAUACAUUCUCGUCAAACGAUCAAUACUUGUAAAAACUCAAAAUUUGCUAGAAUCAACAAGCAUUGCAAUAAAGUCGACUCAAUUUAUGUUAAUCCCUAAAAAAUAGUUAAUAUAAAAUGAGAUUGGUAUCUCAAAAGCUCUUGGUCAGAGUUUUUGAUAGUUAAAAACGCUAGAAAAAUUAUAAUUAUUAUCAUAAUUUUGUAUCGAAAUGAAAUAUUUAACUUCAUUGGUAAUUAUUAUUAUUUGUUUAAUUUAUUGCCUUUAAAAUUGUUUAAAUAUUGGAAACUUAAAAUUUAUCAAAUAAAAUUCGUAUUAUAUCUACUAACUACAACAUAAAUAAAAUAAUAAUAUUGAAUAUAAAAGUUGUUGUCAACUUUAAUUAUCUAUUAAAAAUAUAAGACAGGUAAUGAAAAUGGAACAUUAAAUACAUAAACCAAGUGAAUAUUUUGUAUCGAUGAUAACGCACCGAUUUAAAACUAUAAGUGAACAAAUGGGUUCAAUUAGAACUUAAAGUAAAGCUUCUAUGUUUUGUUGAUGUGCAAUAAAAAUAACAUACAUAAUUGAAAACAAUUGAAAGUGAGGCGAAA